GAAAGUACGAAUUUGAAUUUGAUCCACAGAAAGUGUAGAAUUCUGUGAUUUGAUCACCAGUGACGUUUUAAAAUAAUAAACUUAGCCACAGUCACAGACAAGCAUACAGACUUUUUAUACAAUUUUAAAAGCUUAUAACGAUUAAUUGUAAUCUUGUUAUUAUUCCGUGGGCCUCUAUAAUAUUAUAGCUAGUGUUAUACCUUUCUAAAAACACAGAGAACGCAGGUACAGCGAGUUUCACGUUACAAAUGGCGGCUUUCCUUUAAAACAACCUGGCAUUAGUUUGUUUCUAAGUCAAGCUCGAUGACGAAUGACGAUGCUUGCGUUCCAAGUUCCAAAAGAAGUAGUGUGAACGCAAGUUCAGAGUGCAUUCUUCUUGUGCGUAUGGUUUUCAACGUUGGGUCCUCGCAAAGAGAAUCUGCUUUUUAUGUAAGUCUGCCUCAGCAGCAUUAGAGGUUGGAACAUCAGGAAGUCAGAGCGAACUCCGGCAGACUUCUUCAGGUCCCCAGUGUGAUGUCAACAAAGAAGAAAGUGGCGGGGAUGAAGGGGUCACCGAAAUGCUGAAGAGCUUUGUUCUGGCCGUCCACCAAAAGUACAACGAUGACACACAUGUUGCAGAUGCUGUUGGAAAUGUGGUCUUAGUACCCAAGAGAGGGCCUGUAAAAAUGACGGCAUCAGGUUCCAUCAUGCUGCCCCGACAAGUGACCAUGAGCGGCUGUGAAAUCAGUGUGGCCGGAGAUCCUCAACUCAUCCAGCGAAUGUGCCAGAAAGUUCAGGAACUUGACCUCAUGGAGAACCAUAUCAAAAAGUGGGAGGAGGUGUUUGCUAUUGUCCGGUGUAUACCUCAUCUGACCUUCCUCAACCUCACGAAGAACCACAUUUCCUGCGACUUCCCGAAUCUGGAUUGUUGGACGUCGUCAUGCCUUAAGCACCUGGUGCUGAACGAUACGCUAGUCACGUGGGAUGUUCUCAUAAAACUUUUGGAUGUGUUCCCGUUACUUGAAGAGCUACAUCUCAGCGUCAACGAAUUUCAGUCGGUGGAUUUCUCCACGGGAUCUAGUCUUUCAACUCCUCUGUUGACCUACCCCAGUCUACGCAAGCUGUUCUUCAUUCGCAAUAAAGUCUUUCAAUGGAGUGAACUGAGCAAGCUGGGAAGUUUCUUUCCAGGUCUCCAGUUUUUGAUGCUGUCCGAGACGGAAAUAGAAACCACUGAGAAUGGAACUGACAUUCAAAUGUGCUUUCCUUCUUUGAGUGUGCUCGGACUGAACAGAACGCAGCUCAAGUCUUGGGAGGAUGUGGAGAAGCUGCGACAUUUUCCUUCAUUGACGGAUGUGCGUCUCAAUGGGAUUCCUUUCCUAGAGGCUUUUGAUGAAAAAUUUAAGCGGUGGCACACAGUAGCUCUGCUUCCGAACAUCCACUUUUUGAAUGGCAGUCCAGUGUUGGAGAACGAGAGAGAGGAUGCGGAGAGGGCCUUCAUUCGCUUGUACAUGGAUUCGCCUGACAAGCCUCACAGGUACUUUGAGCUGGAGCAGCAGCACGGGAGACUGGACCCUCUGGUCAAGGUGGAGCUGAAACCCAAGAAGAGAGUCAGGCUCUUAGUGAAGGUGGAAAGUUCCUCAGGCGACCUCAAGUCUUCUGAACUGAUGGACAUCGAUGUGAGCCAGAACAUCAAGGAUCUGAAGAAACUUCUCAGCAACGUCGCUGGCUGCCCCACCUCAAAGUUAACACUUUUCUACCUUGACCCCGAAGGCUACUGUGGCCUUGAACGACUCAUGUCUAUGGAGAGAAAGGUGCACUCGUAUAAGAUGAAAGACGGCGAUGAGAUCGUUAUUGUUAUUAAGGACAGUUGAAAUGUGUUUUAGAAAUGAGCUCAUUUUCAUUUGAAAGGAAGAUUGAAGUCUUUUGCAGUAUGAAGUCGCUGAUGUUUGCAGGAAAAUGUGAAAUUACUUGUAAAUGGUGUCAUUGUUUGAAAUAAGGUUGCAGUGUUCGUUUUUUAUUUCUUUUCUUAUGAUGGAGUCAUUAUUGGUUGCCCGAAAUGGUGAAGGUUUAUUAGUAAAACAAAUGAAAUCAUAAUCAAUAGCAAGGAAUGUUGAAGAAAUUUCUGAUUUAUGAACGAAGACUAUUAUUUACACCUAAGUUUAAAGUCAGUUUUUAGAAUGAUAUGCUUGUUUUCAAGUGUAAGUGAUAUAAAUUGGGUUUUGUUGGAUAGAAUGGUUAUUGACUGUAAGAGGAUUAAUUCUUUUCUUUUUUUUAAGUUGAAGCAUUGUUUUCUCAAACAGUAGAAAUCAUUUUUUGAUGAACUUGUUGUUUGCAUGGAAACCUGAUAUCUUUUUUUAAAUUAUGAAAGCAUAAUUCAUUUUUCAAGGGGGCUUGAAAUUUUUACUGAAGGCAGCGUUGAGCUGCAUGACAGAUGAGUUUCUGUUGAAAGUGAGUGUUUUGUAAGUUGUGAUAUUUGUUUAAGUUGAGCUUUACAGGGGUUUUGUGUUUGUGAUCUUUGCUGGGGCUGUGAUGAACAGAAAAUUGCUGAUGCUUUUAAUGCUUAGCAAGAUUUUUUUUUUUUUUUGCAUCAUAGAUUAUUUUGUAAGAUGACGCAAACAAGCCCAAGUGCAAUGAAUCCUGGUUGUGUUUGCGUAGUGAAAUGGGAGUAUUUGUGUCAUGACGUGGUGGAAUCAGACGCUCGUCAAUUUUUGGGCUUUUAUGGGGUUAUUGCGAUUGAAGGAGGUCAGGGUCUCCUGGUUUCAGAGG